UAAAUUCUCGCGAGAUUUAUCGGCAGCCAUCUUCUUGGGGGUGCUGGGAGCCGGGAAGACCCCCUGAAUCCUUCCCAUUGAGCUGCCCUUCGCCUUCAUUUUCUUCACUUUUGCCUGUUCUGCGUUGCCAACAAGCAUCUGAUCCUGAGACUGAGAGAAAGUCUGGGUCUAGGCGCGUGUCGCGCUGCCAGUCCAGAAAGAUUCGCUGGAGUGGAGGGAAGGGGGAGGGCCCGGAUAAACCGUUGCUGCCUUAGCCCGGGCCGGGGUCCGGGGAGGGGGAGCUCCUGGCACCCUGUGGACUCGCGGCCUGCGGCGGUCCUCGCAGAACUGUUCACCGAUCGGGACUCGCGGGUACCUGCCACCGGCGCCUCCCACCGCGGCCCACGCGGGUGGCGCGCGGAGGAGGGGGCGGGGGCAGCGGCGGCUGUAGCGGCCGCGACCUGGGCGGGCUGAGGAGUGUGACGGGCCCGGGGGCCGCUGUGGAUGGUUUCUAAAAUGAUCAUUGAAAACUUCGAGGCACUGAAGACCUGGCUCAGCAAGACUCUCGAGCCCAUUUGUGAUGCAGAUCCAUCAGCCCUAGCAAAAUAUGUUCUCGCUUUGGUAAAAAAAGACAAAAGUGAAAAAGAGUUAAAGGCAUUGUGUAUUGAUCAACUGGAUGUAUUUCUUCAAAAAGAGACACAGAUAUUUGUGGAAAAACUUUUUGAUGCUGUGAAUACAAAGAGUUACCUACCUCCUCCAGAACAACCAUCAUCAGGAAGCUUAAAGGUAGAAUUCUUUCAGCACCAAGAAAAAGAUAUAAAAAAGGAAGAGAUCAUAAAGGAGGAAGAGCGAGAGAAGAAGUUUUCCAGAAGGCUAAAUCACAGUCCUCCCCAAUCAAGCUCCCGAUACAGAGAAAAUAGAAGUCGUGAUGAGAGGAAAAAAGAUGAUCGUUCUCGCAAAAGAGAUUAUGAUCGAAACCCUCCUCGAAGAGAUUCAUACAGAGACCGGUACAAUAGAAGACGAGGGCGAAGUCGCAGUUACAGCAGGAGUCGGAGUCGAAGUUGGAGUAAAGAGAGGCUUCGUGACAGGGAUAGGGAUAGAAGCAGGACUAGAAGCAGAAGCAGGACACGAAGCAGGGAAAGAGAUCUGGUCAAGCCUAAAUAUGACUUGGAUAGAACAGAUCCACUAGAAAACAAUUAUACUCCAGUUUCUUCGGUACCUAAUAUUUCAUCUGGCCACUACCCUGUACCUACUUUGAGCAGCACUAUUACAGUAAUUGCUCCUACUCAUCAUGGUAAUAACACUACCGAAAGUUGGUCUGAAUUUCAUGAAGAUCAGGUGGACCACAACUCAUAUGUCAGACCACCAAUGCCAAAGAAACGAUGUAGAGACUAUGAUGAAAAGGGUUUCUGUAUGAGAGGAGACAUGUGCCCUUUUGAUCAUGGAAGUGACCCGGUAGUUGUAGAAGAUGUGAAUCUUCCUGGUAUGCUGCCUUUUCCCGCACAACCUCCUGUUGUUGAAGGACCGCCUCCUCCUGGACUCCCCCCACCUCCACCAAUUCUUACACCCCCACCCGUUAAUCUGAGACCCCCAGUGCCACCGCCAGGCCCACUACCACCCAGUCUACCACCUGUCACAGGACCACCACCUCCACUUCCUCCUUUGCAGCCAUCUGGCAUGGAUGCUCCCCCAAACUCUGCAACCAGUUCUGUUCCUACUGUAGUAACAACUGGCAUUCAUCACCAGCCUCCUCCUGCUCCACCCUCUCUUUUUACUGCAGUUUUUGUAUUACCAGAUACAUAUGACACAGAUGGCUACAAUCCUGAGGCCCCCAGCAUAACAAACACUUCCAGACCUAUGUAUAGACAUAGAGUACAUGCACAAAGGCCUAACUUGAUAGGACUGACAUCAGGGGAUAUGGAUUUGCCACCCAGAGAAAAACCUCCUAAUAAAAGCAGUAUGAGGAUAGUAGUGGAUUCAGAGUCAAGGAAAAGAACCAUUGGUUCUGGGGAGCCUGGAGUUACUACAAAGAAGACUUGGUUUGAUAAACCGAACUUUAAUAGAACAAACAGCCCAGGUUUCCAGAAAAAGGUUCAGUUUGGAAAUGAAAAUACCAAACUUGAACUUAGAAAAGUUCCUCCAGAAUUAAAUAAUAUCAGCAAACUUAAUGAGCAUUUUAGUCGAUUCGGGACCUUGGUUAACUUACAGGUUGCCUAUAAUGGUGAUCCUGAAGGUGCCCUUAUCCAAUUUGCAACAUAUGAAGAAGCAAAGAAAGCAAUAUCAAGUACAGAAGCAGUGCUAAACAAUCGUUUUAUUAAGGUUUAUUGGCACAGAGAAGGAAGUACCCAGCAGUUACAAACUGCUCCUAAGGUAAGAGAGAAAUUUGAACACGCCUUUGACAAACAUCCAAGACAAAAUACAUACUCAUGUAUGGGUCCAGUACCUUCAAGUACUGUCGAACCAGCAGAAGCUCAGAGUGCCAGUUCAGACCUUCCUCAGAAUGUAACUAAGUUAUCUGUGAAGGACAGGUUGGGUUUUGUAUCAAAGCCAUCUGUUUCAGCAACUGAAAAGGUGUUAUCUACAUCUACUGGCCUAACAAAAACAGUGUAUAAUCCAGCUGCUUUGAAGGCUGCACAAAAAACUUUACUUGUUUCCACCUCUGCAGUUGAUAAUAAUGAAGCACAGAAAAAAAAACAGGUAAGUACAGCUGUUAUUAUACAGAAUUUUCAUAGAGGAAAGCUUUUUGCAUGUAUGUGUUUUUUCAGUAGAAAAAGGAAACAAGAAAUUUUAGAAAAGCACAUUGAAACACAGAAGAUGUUAAUUUCAAAACUGGAGAAAAACAAAGCAAUGAAGUCUGAAGAUAAAGCAGAAAUAAUGAAAACUUUAGAGGUUUUGACAAAAAAUAUUACCAAGUUGAAAGAUGAGGUCAAAGCUGCUUCUCCUGGACGCUGUCUUCCAAAAAGUAUAAAAACCAAGACUCAGAUGCAGAAAGAAUUACUUGACACAGAGCUGGAUUUAUAUAAGAAGAUGCAAGCUGGAGAAGAAGUCACUGAGCUUAGGAGAAAGUAUACAGAAUUACAGCUGGAAGCAGCAAAACGAGGGAUUCUUUCAUCUGGUCGGGGUAGAGGAAUUCAUUCAAGAGGUCGAGGUGCAGCUCAUGGCCGAGGCAGGGGUCGAGGUCGAGGUCGAGGUGUACCUGGUCAUGCUGUUGUGGAUCACCGUCCCAGGGCAUUGGAGAUUUCUGCAUUUACGGAGAGUGAUAGAGAAGAUCUUCUUCCUCAUUUUGCGCAAUAUGGCGAAAUUGAAGAUUGUCAGAUUGAUGACUCUUCACUUCAUGCAGUAAUUACUUUCAAGACAAGAGCAGAAGCUGAAGCAGCUGCAGUUCAUGGAGCUCGUUUCAAAGGGCAGGAUCUAAAACUGGCAUGGAAUAAACCAAUAACUAAUAUUUCAGCUGUUGAAACAGAAGAAGUUGAACCUGAUGAAGAGGAAUUUCAGGAAGAGUCUAUGGUGGAUGACUCAUUACUUCAAGAUGAUGAUGAAGAAGAAGAGGACAAUGAAUCUCGUUCUUGGAGAAGAUGAUUUGACUGAUCAUUGAUCUACAUAUGCUAGAACUCUACCUGUGUUUCAUUAGUAUUAUCUAAUGUACUUUUACAUAUUUGUAAAAACAAUUUUUGGUAAAUGUGAUGAAGAUGGAUUUCACAAAUAGACAAAAGAGAAGAAAACUACCUUCUGAUCCUGUAUUUUGAAAGAUCGAUGUUUGCAUUUUAUUUCAGUAAACAGUUGCUAAAGACAUCACACUAGAAACAUAUGCAAUGUUUUUAUUACAUACUUCUACUGAACAUUAUGAGAUUCUUUGGGUUCUUUGUAAUUUAAUGAAUAGGUCUGAAAACUUAUGACCAUUGUUAUAACUUAGAGGAUUUUGUUUUACUCCAAAUAAGGAAUGAAUUUGCAUUUAAAAUCUUAAUGAAUGUUUUCAAAAAUGAAUAGAUAACAUAGUACUCUAACUAAAGUCUCCAAGUUAUGUAUUCAUAAUAUUACAUAGUAGUAUGCUUAGGCUUACUAUGUAUUAGCCUUUUGUUGGACUUGUGUAUGUAUUUUACCAUAUGGGUUUUAAUGAUAAUGGUGUAUGACUGUUUUGCAUAUGACUCCUUAUGCAUUCGGAUGUUUAAAAUAAAGUGGAAUGGUCUCUUAAAAAGAAAAGAAAAGAAAAGAAAAGCAGUGACAAAAAAAAAAAAAAAAACCAAGACAUUGUUCUUUGAUUUUAAAAAAAGAAAAAAGAAAAAAAAAAAAGAAAAAAAUCGAAUAGACCAUUCCAGAUGGUGAUCUACCCGUCCCCCCCAAUUAUCACAAAAGGAGCUAUAAUCACUAAUUUAUUCUUAAUAAUGGUUACUGGUACCUUGACAAUAAUGUACAAUCCACUGUUUAAAAUUUAUACCACUUCAGUUUGGUUUGAUCCUAUAAAUAUUCAACAGAUGUCUUAAAAUUUAAAAGCAGGCUGAUUAGUUUGGAACCAGACUUCAAGUAGAGCUAACAUUUGGUGAAUAAGAAAACCAUCACAUUACAUUUUGGAUGUAUGAAAGAAAACUUGACCAUUUGAAGAUAUAUGAAUAAAGAAAUGUACUAUAGAUACUACUUUAGGAAAACACUGUUUGUAGUCGUGAAAGGUGCCAAAUUGGCAGAGGCUCACGUUUCUUCUCUUUACACCAAACAGCAGAGAGAGAUCAUCAUUGCCUGAAUUUAGCUUUGCGACUACAACAGCAAGACCUGUUCCUGUCUGGAGACGACUGUUAUAAUAUCAUUCUGUCAUUUUAUGUUUGCUCUUUAUCAGUUUGAUUAGAUGUUUACAUGUACCAUAAUUUGCAUUUUAUCUUUACAGUUCUCUAAGGGUACAUCUGAGUCCAGAAGUAUAUGAGUGUGUGCUUUGACCUUAAAUCUUUUCUCCACUUUAUAACCAUUUACCUUUUAAACACCACACAAAAUAAAAAGACCUCUUGAUUUCUAAUGAGAUAACUUCAGUCUCAGCCAAGUUGAGAAUCGUUUCUAGGAAAUCUAUAAAGCUAUGAUGCUGUGUUAAUUAGCAUGAACAAUUUAAAAUGAAGAAAAUGAUUAAAAAGUUAAAUAUGGGUUUGGUUUUAAUUUUUUUAGGUUUUAGUAUACAUUUCAGGGGUUAGGAUAAUCACUUAAAAUAAUUUUGAACAGAUGGUAAAAUACUUUUUUACACACUGUAAUAACUUACCUAUUCUAAAUAUACUUACUGAAGAGUUUGCCAAGACCACUCACCUGAAGAAUAUUUUUUAAACUAGCUCUUCAAAAGCAACAAGGAGGAUAAUUUUCUUUUCAAGUAAUGCAGGAUGGCCUGUGGAUUAUAAAUAUUGAGAAAUAUCUAUUAGAUGUCUAAUUUACACAGUUUUCUUACAUUUUUCUCGCUUGUAAUCAAGACAUCAAAGAUAAAAGCAAGGGGUUAUGUGUCUAACAUUGUUAAAGACUGCUGUAGCUUUCCUGUCUUAAAAGGUAUCUGCCCAUAUUAUGUGUAAGCAGUAUGGCUUAGAAUUAUUUAUAGAGUAUGAUUGAAUUUUAUUCUAAGUAUUUAUCCAUAAUACCCUUUUUAUAAUGGGCACCAUAAAAAAGUUUUCAGAAAAUUAAUUUUUUAGUAUUCUUUCAUAGAUUCUCAUGAGGCGUUUGAGAAUUUGGAAGUUAUACUCGAUAGCAACUCUUUAUUAGAAAAGUCCAAAUUAUAUUUAAUUUUAUUUACCCUUGUCCAUGCUCAUAUUUUCACUUUUUUUGUGUAAAAAUGACUGUUCUGCACACUUUUUUCUUGAGUAUGCACUGCAUUUGUCUUCAUGAAAAAUAAAAAAGAAUGAACACAUCA